AGAAAGCAACUGGAGGGUGCAGAGAGAGGGAGAAGGAACAUACAUCCUCGGUCAGAGAAAAUAACGAUAAAUACAUUUUGGGGACACGAUUUGUUUAAAAAACGACUGCUUAACCAUACCAUACAUAUUGUGUGAUUCCGAUCAAAUUGUGCAGGUGAGAAUCGAUAUUUGAAACGGUGGGUUGUCUUGGUUUAUGGUUGAAGACAGAAAAAAGGGGACACCGAAAAUUGGAUCAACAUCAACGUAACAUGGAAUUUCCGAUGGCCCAAGAGACUAAGCCAAGCCUGACGCCUGUGCUUUGUACCACUGGCUGUGGUUUCUAUGGCAACCCCAGGAACAACGGCAUGUGCUCGGUCUGCUACAAGGAGCACCUGAACCGUCAGCAGAGUGGUACCCACGGCUUGAGCCAACUUAGCCCAAUGGGAACAGUUGGUAGUCCUACCCCUGAUGCCUCAGCCAUCCAGCGGCUAGAGGCCAGUCUAGCCAAAGUAGACCCUUCAUCUGGCUCUGCUGCAGACAUGGCUAGAACUAUUCAAGGCUCUCUUCCAGUGACUCAACAAAUGACAGAGAUGAGCAUCUCAAGAGAGGAUAAAGCAGAGCCUGUUGUGACUGAGCCUACUGCUUCUAGCCCUGCCACUGGUGACGAGGCUAAGGGAGACACCCCCAAUCCCAAGAAGAAUAGGUGCUUCAUGUGCCGCAAGAGGGUGGGCCUAACAGGGUUUGAUUGUCGCUGUGGGAACCUGUUCUGCGGGCUCCAUCGGUACUCCGACAAACACAACUGCCCUUACAACUACAAGGCGGAGGCAGCUGCCAAGAUCCGCAAGGAGAACCCUGUAGUGGUCGCCGACAAGAUUCAGAGAAUAUAGGGUUAAGAACCAUCCACACAAAGACUGAAGUAUCAUUGGACCCUCGACAUGAACAUUGGCAUGAGUGGCAAAAGGAUAUCGGACUCGUUUUUAAAACCACAACCUUGAGAAAAGUGGAAGAGACCUUGCCUGAGGGGGAGAUGCAUGAACGAUCACUAUUUGUCUUGUUUUUUUAUUUUUAUAAUAUAUUAUGUUUGUUUUUCCUGUAUCUUUGCCGAUUUUCAGUUUGUCUUUUAAAAAGAAGCCCAUGGUACCUGUCAAUGAGACGUAGUGAAUGUUGGAGAUGGAUAGAAAUGCCAUAAAUAGAGCCAACAUGAUCCACCCCCCUCAACAUGUCAGAGGCAUGUCUGUUCUGCGGAACCUAUUUCUAUUUGGAUGUUCCAUCACAUUUACAUUUACAUUUAAGUCAUUUAGCAGACGCUCUUAUCCAGAGCGACUUACAAACACAACGUUGUGCCCCACUGAAUACAGCCCCUGAGCUGUUUGGCCACUUUGUUGCCAAAUGGACAUUUUGUCAGAAGUUGUAUUCACGUGCAGAGUUCAGUUGUCGCCAUUUCUCCUCUCCGUUCAUAUCAGUUGGUUGGGUCAGUUGUCUGAAAGGUAUGACCUCUCGAACUGCAAAGCUGUUCCAAAAUGCAUGUGGUUAUUUUUUCAGAAACUUCUGUGUGACUGCUUCCUUGCCACAGCGCUCUCUCACAGCUGCUACCCUAGCAUGCAUGCAAACAUAUUCAUGGGAAAACAGCUGUUCACUAAUUUGUGUUGAACACAAAAGGCUACAUGGAGGGCUCUGUCUGUACAUGGCGUUGUACCCUUGCAUGACAAAGACACGUAAGCUUCUCCAACCCGCCUACCUCGCAGCAGGACAUGUUUCUCCUCAUCGCAUUGUGCGUGUGAAGCCUUCUCUUAUCACUCCGUUAUUGCCAGGUGAGGGGGUUACCUUGAUAGGCCAUUUUUAGGUAACCUGGUCAUCGGGCACAGUUUCCUUUUGAUCAAAUGACCGACAGUCAUUAUAAGAGGUGUGAGAACGGGGACAAAAACGCUUAAUUAACCAGCUGUCAUGUGGGCCUGCACUUAUCAGAAUCUCCCAACUGGGUCUCAUGCAGAGGGUUGCGUACACUGACCCUGGUGCAGUUCUGAGGCUUGGACACUACCCGUCUAUUUCAUCUGAUAUAUGGGGGUUUGAAUGGGAUAGCGCAACCCAUGCAAAAUAUCUGAAUGAAUUGCCGUCACUCGACUAGUGCUAGGUCCUUUUAAAAUGUUUUAUCCUCAGACAUAUUUACUGACAUUAGCACACGGAGUUAGGCUACGUGAGCCAGCCAUGCUUGUGUGUGUUAAGAGUGAGUUUGAGUGAGCACAUGGUGGUCAGUGUGUGCCCCCCCCUCCCCCC